AUGAUCUGGGCGACAGACACGAUCGGCAUGGGGCUACUCCUUGACCCGGAAUUGAGCAAGCCUUCCGAAUCAGAUUACUGGGGCACUCCAGACGACGGUGUUGGGCUGAGCGGCUGCUACAACGAAUAUAACCAGGCUGUCCACGCCGAGAUAGGAAGCACCUCGAUCAUUACGAAGGCUGGCUACAAGGCCGACGCCAUGCUGACGUCCUUCCACAAAGACACCGAUCCCGAGACAUACUGCGCUUCCAUUAUGCCGAAUGUUCAAGAUACUCUUAGAGAAGGAGCAUACUUCGGCUUCAGCGUACAUCCCAUAGCCUUCAUUGUCAAGAAAUAA